CUCAAGCAGUCAGUUAAUAAAAAUCAAUAAAAGUGAAUAUUCAACAAUUAGUGCAAAAUGAAUUUGAAAAGUUUAUUUUCAUUGUUAAUAUUUUUGGUGAAUUAUUAUAUAACAAGUGGUCAAGAAAUCAAGUGUGAUUAUAAAGAUAUUAGUCGCGGCUAUACUUGUGACAUGUUUAUCUACAACCUUAAUGGUUUGAACAACUUUACAGAAAUUACUGGAACUCAUUUAGAUGGCUUUAAUGAUGAUGAUGUUCGAGAAGUUGAUACAUUUUAUACUUCACAAACCACGAAUGUACCAGCAAUCAUUUGUGAGACAUUCCAACAAGUCACAUUCAUUGAUUUAGCUCAUGGCAUUGAAUAUAUUGAUGAAAAUUCUUUCAAGUUGUGUAAAAAUCUUCAGAAUUUAAUUUUGAGAUAUAACAAAAUAUCAACAAUCGAUGUAAAUGCAUUCAUUAAUAACGUUAAUCUUCAGGAAUUAGAUUUGGCUGAUAAUAAGUUGACAACUUUACCAGAAAAUGUUUUUAUAAACCAACACAAUUUAAACUCGUUGACGCUUGCAGAUAACGAGAUUUUUGACCUACCAGAAAAUAUUUUUAAUCCAUUGGUGAAUUUAGGAGGGCUACGAAUGGAAGCAAAUCAAAUUAAAGUGCUCAAACACCAGUGGUUUAAAAAUCUUAUAAAUUUAAGUGGUUUGCAUUUGACGAGGAACCCAAUUGAAGAGUUGCCAAAAAAUAUUUUCAGUCCUCUUAAAAAUUUAAAACACUUAAGAUGCUUUGGUAAUCGGCUUACAGUCAUACACUCGGAUUCUUUAGGACUAUUACCAAACUUAACUUGGGUGGAUUUCUCAUCUAAUCAAAUAGAUGCAAUGGAUGAAAAAAUCAUCGACAAUAUUGGGAUAGGAACUUUAGUUUUUUAUAACAACGCAUGUGCAAAUACUGAAGUUAGGUUUGACUUUUCUGAAUCCAGGGAAACAUUGAGAUCCAGAUUUAGGAAAUGUUUCAACAAUUAUAUUGACUUAUAUCCUGAACCCAUUUCAAAGGCUCUGGUCGAAGAUGUCUACUGAUGCGUUUGUCAAAGUGGUUGCAUACUUUUGAAAUGAAAAAAAAAACAUCAAAUGCAUUUUAUUUUUAUCAACAUUUUUGAAAUAAUAAAAAAAUGAUUUUUUAAAUAA